CUCUCUGACAACCACCGCAGCGGCACUUCGCGCAACUUUCUCCACGGCUGCUGUUUCCUCGGGACCAGACGGAGAUCUGAGACACAACUCUGAUGGAGGAGCAGCCAAGAUGACACACCUUCAUCACUGAACCUCCUUCAGCAGACCCCUUCUCUUCUCUUACGGUCAUCAUCUUACAGAUUGCUUUUGAACUUUUGUUCGACUCCAUGUGAUCUGUCGCAGCAAAUCACUGAUUGUCGUCAAAAACAGGUUUGGUUUGGACCGUCUGCUCACACUAAGAGUUCACCAUAUGAGGGACCUGAGACACUUCUGUUCUGUGAGGGUGGAUCUCCAUUGUUCUCUGGGCUGCUCUUUUGUCAAACUUAGGUCCAGCACUGUGUUGACAAUGAAAUAACAGCACUAAAGCACCAGGAGAAUAUAACUGUUUUAACUCCCUCACCCCCUGUCAAUGAUGUAACUCGCGGGAUACUGAUAGCAUCUGUUCCGGAGAUGGCCGCCGCUUGCCCUCAAGAAAAGCAUCGGCCCCUCCUGCAGCUCCAGGAGGUGGACUCCAGUCGAGUGUGCAGUCGCAUCCUCUCGCCGGUCCACAGUUGCAACUCCCCUAGUCUGUCCCAUGAAACCAGCCAACCCAUCUGCAUCCCCACCCCGUACACCGACCUCGGCCACGACUUCACUACCAUACCUUUCUACAGUCCAGCCAUCUUCAGCUAUGCCGGUCCCAGCAUUUCAGAGGGCCCGUCUGUCCAUCAGUCACUAGGCGCCUCCUUAUUUUGGCCCAGCCACGGCCACAUGGGGCCGUCCAUACCCCUGCACCACUCCCAGGCCAGACCCCAGCAUGGCCAGCCACCGUGGGACAGCGUCUUGGCAACCUGUAAGAGUGUGAGGAGGCGCUCGCAGGAGAAUGAGGAGGGCGUGGUGUCAUCGGGCGGGAAGGCCGACCUCCAUUACUGCGUUGUGUGUCACGACUAUGCUUCGGGCUACCACUACGGGGUGUGGUCAUGUGAGGGGUGUAAGGCCUUCUUCAAGAGGAGCAUCCAAGGACACAACGACUACAUCUGUCCAGCAACCAAUCAGUGCACUAUAGACAAGAACCGACGCAAAAGCUGCCAGGCGUGUCGCCUACGUAAAUGCUAUGAAGUUGGCAUGACCAAAUGUGGUAUUCGCAAAGAGCGUGGGAACUACAGGAGCACGCCGGCGAGGCGAGUGACCCGUCUGUCCUCCCAGGGCCGAAUAAGCGGGCCAAAGGUACUGACUGGGCCGGUGCAGAGUUCAUUAAAUGAGCUCCACCCACCUACGCUGACCCCGGAGCAGCUGAUUGAGAGGAUCAUGGAGGCGGAGCCACCUGAGAUCUACCUCAUGAAGGACGUGAAGGAGGCGCCGACGGAGGCAAACGUGAUGAUGUCACUCACCAGUCUGGCUGACAAGGAGCUGGUUCACAUGAUCAGCUGGGCCAAGAAAAUUCCUGGGUUUGUGGAGCUCAGUCUGCUGGACCAGGUGCACCUGCUGGAGUGCUGCUGGCUGGAGGUGUUGAUGAUGGGGCUCAUGUGGAGGUCCGUGGAACAUCCAGGGAAACUCAUCUUCUCCCCUGACCUCAGCCUCAACAGGGAGGAGGGGAGUUGUGUCCAGGGCUUCGUGGAGAUCUUUGACAUGCUGAUAGCUGCCACGUCCAGAGUGAGAGAACUCAAGCUGCAGAGGGAGGAAUAUGUCUGCCUCAAGGCCAUGAUCCUCCUUAACUCCAACAUGUGCCUGAGCUCCUCUGAGGGCAGUGAAGAGCUGCAGAGCCGCUCCAAGCUGCUGCGUCUCCUGGACGCUGUGACGGAUGCUCUGGUGUGGGCCAUCGCCAAAACCGGCCUCACCUUCCGCCAGCAGUACAACCGCCUCGCCCACCUGCUCAUGCUGCUCUCACAUAUCCGCCACGUCAGUAACAAAGGCAUGGACCACCUGCACUGCAUGAAGAUGAAGAACAUGGUGCCUUUGUACGACCUGCUGCUGGAGAUGCUGGACUCCCACAUCAUGCACAGCUCGCGGCUGCCCCGCCGGGCCUCUCAACAGGAGUCCAGGGAGGAGACGGACGCGUCUGCUCAGCCGCACAGCUCCAGCAGCGGCCCCUCAAACACGUGGACUCCCAGCAGCGCCGGAGGUGAAGCCCAGAAUCCAGAUUAGAAAUUCAGAUGAAAUGACUCACUGCUUUGCACAAGAGGAGUUUGCAGGAUGGAUGAGGUGCUUUCAGGAACAACCUGUGAAGACUGAGAGCUGCAUUCUCUGAUUACAUUACUGUUGAGUCUUAAUCGCAGUGAGCACUAUUUCUGAUAAGUUCUCAGAAUCUUCAGUUAUAGCUGUCAAGGAGAAAUCAAACUUGCAGGAUUUGAAGCCACCACAUAGUCAAAACUAGAGUAGAACGGAAACAUGGCCGACUUAUGAAACUAACAAUUUGACCAGCAGCACCUGUACUUGCUUUAAUUUUAUGUACAUGUUAAACUGUACUUUCAGCCUUAAAUUAAGGCCAGAGUGUGUGGCGUUGUUUUUUACGCUGACUCGUGCUGCUUACGAAUCAGCUACCACACAGUCUUGUUCCCUUUGGGGAGUUGACCUUGAAUUUCUACUGUGAGUCUGUCUCUCUUACUGUGGAUCUGAGGAGUCCACAUUUCAAAAAUGGUUUCAGAAGUUUUUCCAUCAUGAUUAGUCAAGACAACCCUUUUUUCUGAGGUCCCUGUUCCGCAGAAAUUGUUCAAAUUUUAAGUGCAGCUUCAAGGUUAUAGUCCCCAUCGAUGUAGGCAGCAUUUACGCUGCAGCUAUUAUGGAUUGAUUGCCUAUCAGGUUAUCUGAUUUUAUCUCAUUUAUUUUCUCUUAUGAUGUUUUAAAAGUGAGCUUGCACGGUAGAUGGACUUCCGACCCAGAAAAAGCGAAGUGGACAAGCAACCAGGCUAUUUCCAGAAGCAUUCCUGGAGGUCAGAAAAAGAUUAGCCAUGUUUUAAAAUGGAGAAGAACUGACAGAGUCGGUCUGUGUUGACGACAUGAGUCACUGUUGCAAUUGAAACAAAACACAGGUCUCAUUAAAGAGGGAAAAUAUCAUUGAAGACAGACGCAGAUGCACAUUUCUGAUUCAUAUCAGAUUUAUUUCCACUUAUGAAUGAGGCCUGAAACCAAUGACCAUGCGUGAAGCCGUGCACAUUUUUACUGCAUGUUUAUCUGGUCAAAUCUGAUCUAUGCCACAUGGGGGGAAAAAAAACAAACAUCUGGAUUGGCUCACUUGAACCGUGUAGGGUAAAUGUGACCUUAAUAAUAAUAAUAAUAAUGGCUUGUUUUUAUAUAGCGCCCUUCAAGGCACCCAGAGCGCUUUACAGAGACCAUUAUUCAUUCAUACACAUUCUCACCGGUGGUGGUAGCUACGUUUGUAGCCACAGCUGCCCUGCAGACUGACGUAAUGUAGCAAGAACUAGUUUUUUUUUGUUUUUUUUAAUGAAUAAAUGUCUAUAUAUGCAUUAAAAUGAUAUUUACAAGCAUUUUAGUUUUAAAGUUUUGUAGAAGCAUUUUUUUUAAAUGAAUUUAACAGUAAAUAUGGAGCCAUGCAGGAGCUUGGAUGCACAAGCGAUAGAUAAUGUAAAUAUAGAUACACAUGACAAAACAGUCUUACAAUCAUGAACCUGAUGGAUAAUAGAAACCGGGACGAGGGUGAGGAGGAAUAUCGACCUUAUUUCAGAAAGAGAGAAGUCAACUUGUGCAGAAGAGUCAGAGUUAGAUGUGCUGGAGAGCUGCAGAUAUUAGCCACUGGUUGAUGACAUCGUGCAAUACAAAGUAUACUUGUUGUAUACAGUUUAAUUAUGAUAUAAGGUAGAGUAAGAAAAGUAAACAUUUUAAUCUGCUACCCGAGUAUUAAACCGAUGCAAAAUGGAGCCUAAUGCUAAAGUAUCAUCUGCUAUCGCUGCACCAGGUCAGGGCGGGUGCAGACAGGGUUCCCACUCGUUCCUGGUGCAUCAUUUGCUUUAAAAAUGGCACACGUGGUGCAUUUCCACUGGAUUAGAGCAACACUGCUGAAGAAUUGAUGUUUUUAGCAGCUCCAGUGUGGUUCAGCAAUGUCAUGAAUACAAGUCACCAAUGAAGCCCCACUAACAGUCAAGACUAGAUGUGGAUGUUUGUCAGCUGCAUCACAGUGUAAUCAGAUUACAGAGUACCAAAGAGGAAACAUUUUUACUUACAACACCAACGGCUGGUGCAGCUUACAGUGCAGCAACGUAGUUAUUUGUGUCGUAUCUCUACAAAUAAACUUAUCUUCUGAAGUUUUUUUUAACCAUGCUGUGGUGAAAGUACACAAAGCAUUGCACACAACUCAAAGUAGCAUACUCAAACAGCAGAAAGGGAACAGAAAUCAUGCAAGUACAAGUACCAAGACACCUCAAUAGUCAACUAAACAGCUAGUCGUCUGACUUCACUUGACAAAACCGCCUGCCACAAAGUGAACCUGGUCAAAUCCGACACAGAUCCACAAAAACACUACACUUUGGUUUUCCAGAGAAGUCUAACAAUCAAGUAAAGGGGUGAAGAUGAACUCGGUCAGUUCUGUUGGCAGCUGAAAACGAGAACCCACAGCCACAAAACACGCGUCACGCCAGAUAUUGGUGAUAGGACAUUACUCACUAGUCGAUGUUCGGCAUCAGCCUUGUUUUGCAGCUUUUAACAACGUCCAGCCUCUCAGUCUGGUCCUCCUUGUUUUCUUUUAGUACUUUUGCCAUGAUAAACAUACUGAGACCAGUCAUUUGAAGGGGAUGAGGGGAGGUUAUUACACUAUUAUGAUUGAUGUAAUUACAAAUUACCAAAAGCAUAAGAGGAUAUUUCUAAGAAUCUUCUUACCACAUUUCAAAUCAAUAACGUGCAGCAUCUCUCCCUGAAGUGUUUUGUUUUGUGUUUUGCUCUGAAAUCCAGGGCAUCUGUGGACUACUGCACACUUUGCAAAAUGAAGCAGAAAUGAGGAUAAUCCAUAUAUCUAAAAUUGUCAGUAAAGCUAAGAUGAACUAUAGUUUAAAGUGAGAAAAUGUCGUCAGCAUUGCAGUUUUAUCUUCACUGGUUUUAUAUCAGACCGCUGCUGUGCAUGUAAAUACAUGAAGUUGCGCUUACAAGCCGUAAAAAAGCACUGAGGUUUUAAUAUGUUUGAUCUGUGGGUGAGGAGAACUUCACUGAUGUGAACUUGGAGAUGGAACAAACCUUUUGUUUGGGACAUCAUUUCUGGAUAGCUGGAUUUUUAUAUUUGUCAAAAAGGAUCUAAGUGACCCAAGCAAAGUCUAGAUACGGAGCUGUGUCCUGCCAUGAAACAGAUUAGAGGUAGCAUUUCUAGCGUGGGAUAAACAGAUAUAUCAGCUUUCAACACCCUCAAGUUAUUCACACUUACUUUAUUGCUGUUGUAUCUUUGUUGAAAAUGAAACAAAUGCUGAAAACCGAUACUCUGGAAGUAGAUGUUUGUUUUGAAACUCUGAGCCGUUGUUGCACUACAGCAGACCCCCGCCCGACCACCGAGGGGCGCUUUGCUUCACCUGUUCACGCCCGCUCUUAAAUAGCAGCAACGACAAUCAGUCUCUCGAUAUUUGACGUCUGUUCACGGUCCUGGACUCGUGCGUGCCUUGCACCUUUCGCUCUCAUCACUCGUUUUAACUUUACUGUCACUGUGUAGAAAAGAAUGUCAUUUCUGGUAAAACUUUCAAGAAUAAAUGUUCAAACCUGUAA